AGCGGAGCCGAGCGGAGGCCUGGCCGGGCAUGGCGGCGCCCACGGCCCUGUGAGAGCGUCGCGGCCGCUGGGGGGGCCCCGCCAUGCGCCGGCGGCCCUGAUAUGGGCGCCAGCGGCUCCAAGGCUCGGGGCCUGUGGCCCUUCGCUUCGGCGGCCGGGGGCGGCGGCCCGGAGGCGGCGGGCGCGGAGCAGGCUUUGGUGCGGCAGCGCGGCCGGGUCGUGCCCCCGUUCGUCUUCACGCGCCGCGGCUCCAUGUUUUAUGACGAGGAUGGGGAUUUGGCUCACGAGUUCUAUGAGGAGACAAUCGUCACCAAGAAUGGGCAGAAGCGGGCCAAGCUGAGGCGAGUGCAUAAGAAUUUGAUUCCUCAGGGCAUCGUGAAGUUGGAGACGCCCCGCAUCCACGUGGAUUUCCCUGUGGUCCUCUAUGAAGUAUGAACCUAGUGGGUAGCAGGAAUGAGAUUCCCCUGCCUCAACAAGAAAAACCCAGGCUCAUGUGUGGCCUCCACCGAGGAUCCUACUGGGGCUACAACCCUAUCUAAACUCCAUUGGCCUGGAACCCUCAGCUAUGAAUGGAAUGGGCCUGCAGUGUUGGUUGGGUGUUGGCAUACGAAUGUGCAGACAAGAGGUGGCUGGCCUGGGCUACUGGUGGAAUUACAGCUCACCUUCCCCAGCAAUCCCUGCAAGGAGCAUGGCAGUGCUGGUGAAAAAUACCUGGUUCCUGGGCUCUUGCCUAGCCUGCUUUCUUCCAAACUUGCCUAGGGUCUAGCCCUGCGAGGGGCGACAGCACUUUACAAGCAAGGUCUGCCUUCUCCCAGCCUCUGGGCUGUGGGAGCUAUACACAAGUGGGAGCUUCCUUUCCCUUGCUUUCCCUUUCCCCCCUUUGUCAGAGCGUUUCAGCCGUUUGCUACCUCGAUUCCUCCUGUGUUAGACAGAUGCUGGAGGCAGUGCAAGCUGGUUGUGCUGCCUGCCUGUUCCCACCUCCAGAUGGACAGACAGUGGACUGGCUGUAAGAGGAGUAGACACUGUUGUGAAAGAGACUUUUCCUCCCAUUCGGGACAGGGCUGUGGAUGCCUGUCCCACCCUAUCUAUUCUGACCCACUUUGCACCAAGUUUCCCCACCCCACCCAAAAGAGGGGGCUGCCCCAAUUGGCAGGAGACCCUCUACCACCCUGUGAUGAGGGAAAGUACCUAAGGUUGAUGCCAGUUACACUGAGGAGUCCACACUCCCCCUACCCCCUUAUAGUCUCCCCACCCCUUCAGGAUCAAAGAAAAGUUCUGCAGUCCCUGAGUAAGGACAGAAAGGAAAUAACAAGCCUAAAAGGAAUACUUCAAAUGUGAAAGUUUGUAAAUAGUUUAGUCCGUGAUGUUGUUGGGGCAGAGUCUAAUUUCUACAUUGAAAAAAUCUUUUUUUAAAACUUCCUUAUUGUGCAAGCUCUGUGCUUCAGGAGUGAGGGAAAUGGCUUGGGAAGAUUGACCCUCAGUCUAGGAAGGCUGUUGUAUUUUAUGUUGUUUCAAUAAAAUGAUUUGUAGACCCUGCAUACCAAA